AUGAUGAUGAUGCAAGCGAGCCCGAUACCCCCACAUACUCCCUACCCUGAGGCCGUGAAGCUUGUACCCCAGGCAGCUUUGAGCCUUGAGGAACCUUUGCUACCUAUUCAGACAGAGCUUCCAGAGCUUCCUCUGCUCCAGGACUUGUUGCCAGUUGACAGGCUGCAGAUCACCAAGAGGUUGCGGAUCAAGAACGUGUUGUUCCUACGAGGGAAGAAGAAUAGGUUCUCUGUUAGGAGCUCCGACCAGAAACUGUUAUAUACUAUUGAAGAGGAAAAUAACCACUGGUGGGUUGGAUAUUUCUGCUACGGUCUACGUCCAUUAGAGCUAAGGGUGAUGAACGUGCAGGGCACAGAAGUGAUGAGGAUACAUCGAUACUACUCGUGCACCGCCAGGGUGUUCCCAUGUCAGCUCCAGCAUCUGGAAGUAUACUCGCCUCCUGGACAGCUGAUUGGCAGCGUGGAACAGCAGUGGUCAGCCGUCAGACCCAUGUACAUAAUCAAAAACUGUGAUGGUGAUACUCUGUUUUGUAUAAAUGGUCCUUACGUGACACUGAGCUGUUUCCGAGACGUCCACUUCCAGAUCCUGCGACCUGAUGGCACAGCAGUUGGCACCACCAGCAGGCACUGGCAGGGGCUAAAACAUGCGCUGAUCCUCGCUCCAGUUUCUGACAAGUUUGGCGUGACCUUCGAUGGAAGUAUCUCAGUGGAAGAGAAAGGCCUGCUCCUAGCUGCGGCUCUGCUUAUGGAUUAUAUGUACUACGACGCGUGA